UGUUCACUUUAAGCUUAUUGACUUAACAUACCUCGACCUACUUCCAUACAAGCACAUAUCCAUACACACAUACCUACACACCCUUGAUCAACAUCAUGUCUCACCUCACCUACUACAACUACGACGGCGUCGGCAAGCGCAACCAACAGACCUUCAAAUACAGCCAGGCUGUCCGCAUCGGCGACCGCAUCGAAUGUUCCGGCCAGGGCGGCUGGGACCCCCAGACCGGCGAGAUCUACCGGGAGAUCAACGCGCAGAUCGACCAGGCCUUUAGAAACGUGGACCUGAACCUGAAGACCGCGGGCGGGAAGGGGUGGAGCCAGGUGUUCCGGGUCAACUCGUACCACGUGCCCAUCAACAACGAGGCGCUAGACGCCAUGGUCCGGAAUUUUAAGCAAUGGAUGCCUGACCACGAGCCGCUGUGGACCUGCGUCGGGGUCACGCGGCUGGGCGAGGAUGAUAUGCGCGUCGAGAUUGAGGUGGUCGCGCAUGAUCCGAAAUAG